AUUGCACUCGCCUUACAGUGCAACAAGCCGUUCUCACACCAUGUCCCCGGUGCCUAGGACCCGUCAGCCUUGUCUCCGCCGGGCGUAACUGCCGUAUCUAUGAUUCCAUUGGUUGUGAAUCCGUACUGCAAGGCCGAGCGAUCCUUCGACAGCGUUCCCAGGGUUUCAAAACAUGCAGUCAGGGAGGCACAGCGGAGGAGUCGGGGUGCCGCCCAGAAUCGUUGAGGCGCUUGGGGAUGGGGUAUAUAGCCUUGUGCGCCGCUUAUAAUCAUCCGGUUUGAUUUCUUUCGUCCUCUUUUCUUUCUGCAUUUUUGACGUUGCAGAAGUGUUUCACGGGAAGUUUGCGUCACGUGGCCCAUACUACGUUCGCCCCUUGACGCCUUGUUAAUCUUGAGUCGACCAACCAGUAUCAUAUCAACUGUUCCUUGCGGAUCCAAUAUCCCACCGGUCUGAAUAUCCUCUCGCAUCCUUUCGUCUUCCGACUCCCAACACCACCAUGACCAGCCCAGUCAUCAACUUCGUCCUCCGCGGCGCCCAACUCCUCUUCGCCAUCGUCGUCCUCGGCCUCUCUGUAGAUCUCGUCCGCGGCCACAAUUACGGCAGCCUCCCGGUAACCCUCGGUUUUGCCGCAUUCGUCGGCGGCGUCUCGGUCGUUGGUGCUCUGCUCGGCCUGGCUGCUACAUGGGUGGAGGCGCUGAACAGCAUCAUUGGCGCGGGUAUUGAUAUCAUUGUUGCCUUGAUCAAUUUGGCGGGCGGUGUGCUCAUAGCCAUCAAACUCAAAGGCGCCGACUGCUCCGGCACCUCGGACAGGAACCGCUUCGAACUGAAUAAAAUCAGCAUUAUCAACGGCGGUUGCGAAAAGGAGAAAUGUUGGUAUGCUACGUUGGGAGAGCUGGGCAAGCUCAAUGAGAGGUGUCGCCAGAACACGGCCGACUCGGCGUUUAUGUUCUUGUUGGUCAUUACGUUGUUGGCUAGUGCGACGGUGACGUUUUUGCAUGCCAGGAAGUAGGGAUCAAAAGGUGGUGGAUGAGAUGGUGGAACUUUGCGGGGGUUGCAUGGUGUCGGGACGAAUGAUAAUGAGCGGGUUGGAAGGGCGCUGCGCUGUCAUGCACAUUUGGUUUACGGUAUACCCUGUGUGUAUUGUCGGUCUUGAUCGAGAGGAGAAAACAUGUACGCUGCAAUGAUAUUUUACUG